CAGCCUGAUGGGCAAAUGCCAAGUGACAAAACCAUCGGCGGUGGGGACGACUCAUUCCAUACAUUCUUCAGCGAGACUGGGGCUGGCAAGCAUGUGCCCAGAGCAGUGUUUGUGGACCUGGAGCCCACCGUGGUCGAUGAAGUGCGCACAGGGACCUACAGGCAGCUCUUCCAUCCGGAGCAGCUGAUCACUGGAAAGGAAGACGCAGCCAAUAAUUACGCCAGAGGCCAUUACACCAUCGGCAAGGAGAUUGUUGACCUGGUCCUGGACCGGAUCCGCAAACUGGCGGAUCUGUGCACGGGGCUGCAGGGCUUCCUCAUCUUCCACAGCUUCGGGGGUGGCACCGGCUCUGGGUUUGCAUCUCUGCUCAUGGAGCGGCUCUCGGUGGACUACGGCAAGAAGUCCAAGCUCGAAUUUGCCAUUUACCCAGCCCCCCAGGUGUCCACGGCUGUGGUGGAGCCCUACAACUCCAUCUUGACCACCCACACAACCUUGGAACAUUCUGACUGUGCCUUCAUGGUGGACAAUGAGGCCAUCUAUGACAUAUGUCGGCGCAACCUGGAUAUCGAGCGGCCCACAUACACCAACCUCAAUCGUCUGAUUGGGCAGAUCGUGUCCUCCAUCACGGCCUCCCUGCGCUUCGACGGGGCCCUGAACGUGGACUUGACGGAAUUCCAGACCAACCUGGUCCCGUACCCCCGCAUCCACUUCCCCCUGGCCACUUACGCCCCGGUCAUCUCUGCUGAGAAGGCCUACCACGAGCAGCUGUCCGUGGCUGAGAUCACCAAUGCCUGCUUCGAGCCGGCCAAUCAGAUGGUCAAGUGUGACCCUCGCCACGGCAAGUACAUGGCCUGCUGCAUGUUGUACAGGGGGGACGUGGUUCCGAAAGAUGUCAACGCGGCCAUCGCUACCAUCAAGACCAAGCGCACCAUCCAGUUUGUGGAUUGGUGCCCGACAGGAUUUAAGGUGGGCAUCAACUACCAGCCCCCCACCGUCGUCCCUGGGGGAGACUUGGCCAAGGUGCAGCGGGCUGUGUGCAUGCUGAGCAAUACCACCGCCAUCGCCGAGGCCUGGGCCCGCCUGGACCAUAAGUUCGAUCUCAUGUAUGCAAAGCGAGCCUUUGUGCACUGGUAUGUGGGGGAGGGCAUGGAGGAAGGGGAGUUCUCUGAGGCCCGGGAGGACCUGGCAGCUCUGGAGAAAGAUUAUGAAGAGGUGGGCGUGGAUUCUGUGGAAGCAGAGGCCGAAGAAGGAGAAGAAUACUGAAUGGAAGAGUGCAGCUGGCAACCAUCCCUUUGUAUUCCCAUCUAUAACAUUACAAGAUAUGUUUACCUAUUAAAGUUUCUGUAUUGAGGCAUCAUCUGUCCCUUGUGCUGCACUGUGACAAAAUUCCCCUGAUACCUGCCUUUUUCCAAGUGGAUUUAUAGGGAAAAAACAUGUUUCCUCUUAGACUGAAAAAAUUAUGUAUGUUUAAUUGUGUCUGCAUGUUUAGCUACUGCAUUACUCCUAGAAAGGCUUCAAAAGGCAUGGCUCAGGGAAGUAGGAAAAAAAAUACUUUGAUUAUUUUAAACAUUCUUUAAAUCCUUUGUCCCAACCCAUGCUUGUUCUUUGGAGAAUGGAAAAGUAAUCUGGUUUUUU